CCUGAACUCAUAUUCCAAGAUGUGAAGAACACGGACUUGAAGUAUAAAAAUCGGAUCAGGAGCCGUCUCUCCAACCUCAAGGACUCCAAGAAUCCCGACCUCCGAAAGAAUGUCUUGUGUGGAGUGAUCACCCCCGAACAAAUUGCAGUGAUGACCUCAGAGGAAAUGGCCAGCAAUGAACUGAAAGAGAUCCGCAAAGCCAUGACUAAGGAAGCCAUCCGGGAGCAUCAGAUGGCCAAAACUGGAGGGACCCAGACAGACCUUUUCACUUGUGGCAAGUGCAAGAAAAAGAACUGCACCUACACUCAGGUGAGAUUUCACGGGUUUUCUUGA